AUGCUGCCAACCGUCACGACGCGCCUUGUGCCCCGCUCGGCGCCGCCCGCCGCCGCCCACCGACGCCCGCUCCUCGGCGCCAUGGCCGCGGCCGCGCUCUUCGCCGGCAGCUACGUGACGACCGAGGCCAUCUUCCCGGCCUGGCUCCACGGUGACACGGGCCCGAUCCCGUACGUCGUGCCCGCGGCCUGUGCCUUCGCCAACGGCGACCUCAUUGCGCUGCAAGCCGACUCUGGCCAGUACGUUGCUCUCGACAACACGACCGACGUAGCGGUCGUCGCGCCGGCGGUCGCCCCGUCCGCGACCUGGAAGGUCUACAACACUGGUCGCCUCGGCACGCUCGCGCUGCAGGCUGACAGCGGCAAGUUCCUCGCGCGCUGCCGCGACACGCCGGCGGCCAUUGUCGACGCCAACCACUGGUCCGACGGCGCGUACGCCCAGUGGACGUGCGUCGUCGCUGACGACGGCCGCAUCGCGCUCCAAGCCGACACGGGCAAGUUCCUCAUCCGCGACCGCAGCGCGACGCUCGUGCACGCCGAGAGCUGGGAAGACGCCAAAGCGCAGUGGGCGGUCGACCGCCUCCCCGUCUCGCCCGCCUGCACGUUUACGAACGGCGACGUCAUCGGCUUGAAGAGCGAUCUUGGUACGUUCAUGGGUCGCUGCGACGACUGCCUUUCCAUCCCGCGCGCAAUCUUUGCCAAUGCUCCCACCAUGACACCAGAUGCCACGUGGACGGUCUUCAACACGGCCAACGGCAAGCUCGUCUUCCGCGGCAACGACGGCAACUACCUCAACCGCGAGUACAAGCUCGUUCCGGGCGCGACGGUCGUCGACCAAGCGUUCAGCCGCGUCACGCAGGCCAAGCCGUGGGCCGAGUUUACCUGCGUCGACCUCGGCAACGGCGCGAUUGGCCUCGAAGCCGACAACGGCAAGUAUCUGGGCCGCUGCAGCGACUGCUUUCCUGGCGCCAAGCACUCGGAGAGCGUCGCGAUGGACACCAUCGACGCAAGCAGCGCGUCGGCGGCCCACUGGACGGUCGUGCGCCCCGCCUGA